UCUCGUUCCAGCUAUUCACUAAUUCAGUAGUUCUAAUGAACUUUCUCGCAAGAAAACUGGAAUUCAUUUUUCUUCACACAUAGAGCGGGUGUGAUAUUGGAGGGAAAGAAGUUGCAGGUUUCGUGACACGAGCACAGUCAGUUGAGAACAGUCAACCAGCUACAUUGUCAAGAAAUAUAUUUAUUCAUAUAUGUAGUCAUGUUCACACAGUCACACUCAACUCUGUCCGAUCCUCUUCUCCACUCAACCAAAAAAUGCAUGCUUUGGCUUGAAUUUCUACUCAAUCAUUCGUGGGGUUUUCUCCGAGACCUCCUCUCCAUACAGAUACACAUGAGGAGCAUCACGUAAAUGUCUUUGUUGACUCUUCAAUAGAAACUAGUGAGGCUCUAUGGAGUCAUUUAACAGAGAAGCUAGUGGUGUGAGAGACACUGGUCCACUUCACAGUGUGAGAAUAGCCUCCCCCUUUCGACAAGUGAGUGGUCCACUAUAUGCCACCAAUGGAACUGGAGAUAUAUUGCAGCAGAAUAUAGUUGUGACAGGAAACAAUGUAGUGCAGAGCAAUACAAGAACUUUUUCUGCUUUCCACAGAACAAGUCAACAUCACUGGAAUAACAACAGUGAUAGGAGAAAAGAAUACUUAUUGAUGUCCGGGCAAUUGGGAAUGUGUAAUGAUCCAUGUUGUACUACCUGCCCUGCUUACUUAAAGGUUGCUCAGCAUGAAAACUCAAGAAUAUCGAAUACCUUUGGUCAAAAGUUUCAUAACGAUCAUGAUGGAGAUUUCAAGGGUUUUACUAGAAAAGUUUUCUCUUUCUACUCUUCAUGUAUUCAUGGUGUUGUCAACCCUCACACUAAAGUUGUACAACAAUGGAAGAUGAUUCUAGCUACUUUUUGCAUGGUUGCAGUUUUUCUAGAUCCAUUAUUUUUCUUCUUAUUCUAUGUACAAAAGGAUUUGAAGUGUAUUGCUAUUGACUGGAAACUUAAUACGACCCUUGUUUUAUUUAGAAGUUUAAAUGAUUUUAUAUAUUUCUUGAACAUUCUUCUCCAGUUUAGGUUGGCAUAUAUUUCACCUGAGUCAACAAUGCUUGGUGCAAGAGAUUUAGUUGACCAUCCAAAGAAAAUUGCUCAACGUUACUUGCGUGGCUAUUUUUUUCUGGACUUGUUUGUUAUAAUUCCUAUACCUCAGAUAAUGAUGUUGUUUGUUGUUCCAAACUACUUGGGUUCCUCAGGAAUGAAUUAUACUAAGAAUCUUCUGCGUGCGGCUAUUCUUGUUCAGUAUAUCCCCAAAUUAUUGGGGUUUCUACCUCUGCUACGUGAUCAGUCUCCAACAGGGUUCAUAUUUUCAACGGUCUGGGAAAGUUUCUUUAUACAUCUUCUCGUUUUUAUGCUAUCUGGACAUGUUGUUGGGGCUAAUUGGUACCUCUUUGGUCUACAGAGAGUUAAUCAAUGUUUGCGUGAUGCCUGUCGUAAUUCUAAUAUUACUGGAUGCAUUGAAUUCAUAGACUGUGGAUACAGGCGUUUGUCAAACCAGACAUCACAUCAUUGGAAUAACAAUGUGAAUGCUACUGCCUGUUUUAGUUCCUUGCCUGCUGGUGCUUUUACUUUUGGGAUCUACGCUAACGUUGCACCACUUGUUAUACAUAAAAACUACAUCAAGAAAUAUGUAUAUGCACUGUUCUGGGGCUUUCAGCAAAUCUGUACUCUUGCUGGUAAUCAAACCCCAAGCUCUUUUGAGUGGGAAGUCCUGUUCGUGAUGAGCAUCAUAGGAUUAGGACUGUUCCAUUUAGCGGUUCUCAUUGGACACUUACAAAGCAGUAGUCAAGGUCUUGUACAGAGGAGAGUUGAAAACAAACUUAGAGAAAGUGCUGUUGAGGAAUGGAUGAGUGAUUGCUGCUUACCAGAAGAUCUAAAAUGGAGAGUAAGACAGUCCGAAACGUAUAAUUGGGCUGCAACAAGAGGGGUUAAAGAAGAAAUGCUUAUGGAGAAUAUGUCAGAGGAUCUCCAAAGAGACAUUAGACGCCAUCUCUUUAAAUUUAUCAAGAAAGUUCGAAUUAUUGCCUUGAUGGAUGAGCCCAUCUUUGAUGCCAUUUGUGAGAGAUUAAGGCGACGUGUAUACACUAGAGGAAGUAAUAUAUUGUGUCGUGGUGGUUUGGUCGAGAAGAUAGUCUUUGUUCUGCAUGGAAAACUAGAGAGCAUUGAAGAAGAUGGAACUAGAGUUUGCUUAUUCAACGAGGAUGCUUGUGGUGAAGAACUAUUGAUAUGGUGUCUUGAAAAUUCUUUAGUUAGCACAGAUGAUAAAAAAUUGCCCCCUGAAUGGAGGUUGCUUAGCAGUAGGACGGUAACAUGCUUAACCGACGUCAAGGCCUUUUCACUUCGAGCUGUUGACCUUGAAGAAAUAAUAACCCGUUUCACAAGAUUCUUGCAGAGUCCGAGGACGCUAGCAGCCAUAAGGUAUGAAUCGCCUUAUUGGAGAUCCCUUGGAGCAAACCGAAUUCAGGCUGCAUGGAGAGACAAAAAGAAUCGACUACGUGCUGCUUCACAAGCAAAUUAGGCUGUAGAGUGUAGAUGUUCGGUUUUAAAACAAAAUACUCGUUGCUUGCUUGUUAACUAUUUGCAAAAUUUCCCUUUUCAAUUAAACAAACUAGAUUAAGAAUUUCGCGUUGCAUGUAAAAUUAUUUAGUACAUAAUAAAAAAAGUUACAAAUUCUAUCUCAA